AAAACUCGGUCUGGGUCGAACGCGUUGCUUAGCAAGUCUCGUUUUCCACAACACAACUUUCCCUUUUCUUUGUAGCAUCCGCCUGAAGUUGAGAACAGCUUUUCCAUUUAACUGGCGUUCACGUAGUUCUGGCGACAGACUUUUCGCGUCUAACGUCCGCCAGAGGACCUAUUCUCACUCCUGCCACACUUUCGCUUAAACGUUUAUAAACAGCGACGGCGCUACUCCGAAAUUGAUUCAAUAUCACUUUACACUUGUUGCUACGUCGUGUAGAGUGUGUGGAGACGUGAUCGCACUCUUCUUCCAGCUCAAUCCCAGCAACAGGAGGAGGAUGAGGAUGGACGGCUACCGAGUCGAGCUAAUGCUAAUGUGGACACCCAGCAGCAGCCAUGAGUACAAGUUCACCCCAUGCAGAAUACCGAGGGAGGGUCAGACACAACAACCAGCGUGGCAGCGCUGCGGACGUCAUCAUCGGCCCAGGCUCCCGUGGUACAGCCUGUUCCAGCCUCCCAGCAGAGGGUGCUGGUUCAGGCUACAGGCUCAGCUCAGAAGGGUGGACAAGUACAGCAGCUUUCAGUACCCAGGGUCCAACAGGUCCCUCAGCAGGUGCAGCAGGUACAACAUGUGUACCCACCACAAGUCCAGUAUGUAGGAGAAAGUGGAGAGGCUGUUUAUGCCAAUGGAACCAUCCGAACGGCCUACUCCUACAACCCCGAGGCCCAGUUGUACGGGCAGAACAGCGGCGGAAACUAUUUCGACUCUCAGGCCGGUGGAGCUCAUGUCACCACGGUGGUGUCCUCCGCCAGCGGCGGCGUCCCCCCUCACAGCAUGGUCGGCAUCGCCAUGGACGUGGGCAGCAGCAGCCACAUUAUCUCCAGCGGCAGCACCUACCUGAUACAUGGCGGGAGUAUGGAGGGGAGCCGCAACCACAUCUCACACUCCUCGCGCUCCUCUUCAGCUAUGCUUGAAAUGGCGAUUGAAAACCUCCAAAAGUCUGAAGGAAUUGCAAGUCACAAAAGCAGCCUGCUCAACAGCCAUCUGCAGUGGCUGCUGGACAACUAUGAGACAGCAGAGGGAGUGAGCCUCCCGCGCUGCUCCCUGUACAACCAUUAUCUGCGGCACUGUCAGGAACAGAAACUGGAUCCGGUCAACGCCGCGUCCUUCGGGAAACUCAUCCGCUCCGUCUUCAUGGGCCUGAGGACCCGCCGCCUCGGCACCAGAGGCAACUCUAAGUAUCAUUACUAUGGCAUCCGGGUGAAGCCAGACUCGCCGCUCAACCGGCUGCAGGAGGACACCCAGUACAUGGCCAUGAGACAGCAGCCUGUCCACCAGAAACAGAGGUUCAAGCCUCUGCAGAAGGUGGACAGCAUGUCUGACAACCUGUGCGGGAGCUCUCAGCACUGCAACAGCACUCCAGAGCAGUCGGUGGCCGCUCAGAGCCAACACCACCAGCAGUACAUAGAUACAGCUCAAACGUUGCCUCCGUUUCCCUCCCCUGACUUGGGCACUCAGCCUCUUCCCGAGCGCAUCAACAUGAACGAUAUCAAGAAGAUGCAGACGCUCUAUAGAGACCACUGUGAGGCGACUCUGAACGUGGUGAUAAACCUCCAGUUCCACUAUAUCGAGAAGCUCUGGCAGACCUUUUGGUAUGCAAUACCGCCAUCUAGUGACGGCAGCACGACCAUCCCCAGCAGUGACGACGAGGAAGGUAUGAUCCCCAGAGAGACGCUGGUGGCUCUGUGUAAAUACGAACCGGUCAGGCUAUGGAUGAGGAGCUGUGAUCACAUCCUCUACCAGGCGCUGGUGGAGGUCCUCAUCCCUGACGUGCUGCGUCCUGUUCCCAGCACUCUCACUCAGGCCAUCCGCAACUUUGCCAAGAGCCUGGAGGGCUGGCUGACUAACGCCAUGACCAACUUUCCUCAAGAGAUCGUUCGCACCAAGGUGGCGGUGGUCAGUGCGUUCGCUCAGACUUUGAGGCGUUACACCAGUUUGAACCACUUGGCCCAGGCAGCGCGCGCCGUCCUCCAGAACACGUCCCAGAUCAACCAGAUGCUGUCGGACCUCAACAGGGUCGACUUCGCCAACGUCCAGGAGCAGGCGUCGUGGGUGUGUCAGUGCGACGAGAGCGUGGUCCAGCGCCUGGAGCAGGACUUUAAGGUCACCCUGCAGCAGCAGAGCUCCCUGGACCAGUGGGCCACCUGGCUGGAUAACGUCGUGUCUCAGGUCCUGAAGCCUCACCAGGGCAGCCCGAGCUUCCCCAAAGCCGCUCGUCAGUUCCUCCUAAAAUGGUCCUUCUACAGCUCCAUGGUGAUCAGAGACCUGACCCUGCGCAGCGCCGCCAGCUUCGGCUCCUUCCACUUGAUCCGUCUGCUUUACGACGAGUACAUGUUCUACCUGGUGGAGCAUCGCGUGGCUCAGGCCACCGGAGAAACUCCCAUCGCCGUCAUGGGAGAGUUCAGUGACCUGAGCUCUAUGAUGCCGUCGCUCAUGGAAAAAGACGCGUCCUUCUCCGACGAGAUGAGCGACUUGGGCAGCGAUGCCGACGCGUCCCGAGGACCCACCGAACCGGCCGUAAAGAGGGAGCGGAUCGAAAUAAGCCACCCUCUGCAGGAGAUGUGAGUCCCGUCACGUAAACCGGCGUCUCUCCGUUUCGUUCGGGGCCUUUUUGUGGGAUGCAGCGGCUCCUUCUGUCCUCCUGCAGUCAGCGCGUGUGCAAUGUACAUAGACAAGAGUGUAGCAACGUCAGUCCUCCCCCUCACUAGCGUUUCUGAAGACGGUGAUCUUUUUCCUCAUGAAGUUCACACGUUAUGUUUUUGUUUUGUUUUGUUUUUUUUUUACUCACAGGGGUGUAACACAGGUCUGAUUGUCUGUUUUUGUUGCAACUGUGAACGACUUUGUGCAGUACCCUUUUUAUUGGACGUGUAUUUGAGUGGUGGUGUUUAUGUGAUUCAUCUUUUCUCUCUCUAUCGUUUUUAUUUUUAUUUCUUAAACGUAACUAGCUGUGCCAUAGUGUCAUUUUGAGUGCCUUAGAUCGCUAACUUUGAAAACCACCACUACAGAUGUCUAUCUGUCCCUCAGCUGUGCCUCUACCGCAGUAUGAAUGUAUCGUCUCAAAAACCUCAAACAUUCAACAACAACAACAAAAAAAAAAAAAAGAAA